CUUUUCUCUUUAUAUUUUUCUUCCUCCAGUCCCUCCGCCUUCCCGACUCCUUGGCCAUCGCGAAUCCUCAAUCCAUCUCCAUUUGAAAGAGAGAGACAGUGAGAGACUCUGUGCGGUGCUGAAUAGAUUUUCACUGACACAACGCUCCAUCCUUCCCUUGCAUCUGGGCUCUCUUAAUUUCGAUUCUUGCUUCCUUCCCUUCUGCCUUAAUCCGAAGAAGAAAGGAAGAAGAAAGUUUCGUUGGCGGGAAAAGAAGAUGUCGGGGAAAGGAGCAAAGGGUUUGAUUAUGGGAAAGGGAGCUGCUGCUGCUGCGGCAGCUAACAAGGACAAGGAUAAAGAGAAGAAGAAACCCACUUCUCGUUCUUCUCGUGCUGGUCUCCAGUUUCCAGUGGGCCGUAUCCAUCGCCUCCUGAAACUACGAACAACAGCUCAUGGGAGGGUAGGAGCUACAGCUGCUGUCUAUUCCGCCGCUAUUCUCGAGUAUCUGACUGCAGAAGUACUGGAAUUGGCUGGGAACGCAAGCAAAGAUCUGAAGGUGAAACGUAUAACUCCAAGGCACUUGCAGCUAGCUAUCCGUGGUGAUGAAGAGCUUGAUACCCUAAUCAAGGGUACCAUUGCUGGCGGUGGAGUUAUUCCUCACAUCCACAAGUCCCUCAUCAACAAAUCAUCCAAAGAAUAGAGAGCGUUUGUAGAAGCAGCUGGGUUCCUGCGUGCAAACACACCUGAGAUUGUUCUUCUGAUGUUUAGAGAUUUACCUCUUAGACUGUUAAUUUGUCCCCCCAACGAGUUUGGAAAUCCGUUGCCAGGGAAAAUGUCAGACUUGUGGAUCUUGUUAGGUUGUUUUGGUUGUUGCAGGAUGGUUAUGACUUUUAAGCUGAUUCGAUAUGGCCAUAUUUUCCUUGUGCUUAGUGAGAUCUUAAUGAUUUAAGUUGCUGCUAAAUUAUCUUUGGAAUGUAAUGAAAAUGAAUGCGUUGU